CACACAUCAGUACCUGCAGCAAAGCAGAUAGUGUGGGAAGAAGAGAAAACCAACACUGUUCCCCUUCAGUGCUCUCUUAAUUACUGCAGAGAACAUGGUGGUAAAUUUGCAUGAAUUAUCCCUAUAUCAAUGCUGUAAACAAUGGAAACCAAAAUAAAAAUGAAUUGGAAAAAUACUUCUCCUGCUGUGUUCUGCGUAUCGGGACACAAAGCCUUCAAGAGAAAAUGUUUUCAUAGGAUGGAUUUAGAGCACCUGAAGAGGCUGCGUCAGGCCAACCAGGACCUUAUACAAAGGCUCAGAGUGACGCAGGAAGAGAUCAGGAAAAGGUUUCCCAGCAAGCUGCUCUCUCCAGCAUCCCUUCAGAACAGCACAGCUACUGAAAGAGCUGUCCCCUUGCCCAGGAGAGGGAAGGAAAACCAGUUUGAUGCUGCAAAGUCUCCAGCUGACCCUGCGAUGUUGGUGUCUGUGGAACCUGCAGUUUACGCAGCCAGGGCAGCCCUUUGUUCAUCUCUUAAACGCAGCAGCAGUGACAGAGGGGUUCAGCAGCAACAAGUGAAAACACAGGAAGCAGGAGGCUUGGAUUCCAGCUUUCCUGGAAAAGAGAAUAAUGUCACGCCAGUGUCUGCAAUCAUUACAUGUGGCAGAGAAACCUCUGGAGUGGAUAGGGAUGCCCUUGCUCAAGGAAGUCUGGAGAAAGAAUCCUUCCUUCCAGGACGUGGAGAGAACAUGGAAACCAUGUCCACUCUGCCACAUGGUUUCCAUGAGAAAAAGCAGCUUAAAGAUGGUCUGCACUCAUCACUGAGCAGCAUACAAAGUGAGGAGACCAGCAAGCAGCCUGUGGUCAUUAGAGAGCCUGUAGCGCGUAAAUCCAUCUUGCUGACGGCUCAGUCCAAAGGGUUGAAGAAGGAAGCUGGUCGUGUGACUUUUCAGUCUGACCCUGAAGAACACACCGUACCUGUGAGCGGCUGGGCCCUGCGUCCUUUCCUGGGCUAUGACUGGAUUGCAGGGCUCCUAGAUACAAACUCUUCAGUGGCAGAAAAAUCUGAUGAGUACUUUGCUGAGCUGCAUGAGUUCCGACAGGCCAACAAAGAAGCAUGUAUUCAUCAGGAGCACCUGGGGGCCAAGGCUCUGGAUUACAUAGUUCCUGAACAAGAAACGGAUUUGAUACCCAGUUCCCAUAAGUGUGUUUACUGUUACCGAUUAAAUCAGCGCCUCUUCACUGUCCCUGUGGAUUCAGAAUCUGUCUGCCCUGUGUGUAAGAUCCCAAGCUCUCACCAGCCCCCAGAGGUACUGGAAGAGCCAGCCUAUGUCAGGGUCAGCAUUCCCAGGUCUGCCCUAAUGCCUGCCUACAAAUACAAAGCCCAUCGCAGGAAGAGCUUUGAUCCCUCAGACAACCUGGCAUUACCUUCGCAUUGCCUGGCUGGCUGGGAAAACACCGUCCCUUCCAGCAGCCCCACACUCGGCAGCUUGGGUCUGCGAGCUUCACUGGGGGAGAAGCCACCCCACCGGGCUGGCCUGGUAAGAACAAACUGGGAAGAAUCCCUGGAGAUGCUGUGAAUUGCACUGAUGGGAACUGCAGUCCCGUCUCUCGAGAGGAUAUGAUAAUCAUCAAUGGCUGAGCACACAAAAAUUCCUGGAAGAUUAUCUCCUUAUCUCCACAAGAAAAUGUUUUCUUUCCGUUGCUGUGUAAACUCCUGUGCAGAGACACCCAAAAGCAAAUAGAGCUGGAUAGCAGGCAAAAGCCCAUUCAGCUCACCAAUCUUCAUCAAAAUGGGAGAAGACACUUAGACGUUCUUUGAUUAAUAUCCUCCUCAUUUGGAUUCCAGAACUUGGUGUCCAGAGUGUCAGGAGGAACCAGAACUGACCAGCUUCUGACCCACUUGACACACUUCAGAUUUAGCAGUGCUUCUCAGCAGAGAGAGCAAAACAGACCUGGACACUGCAGAGCAGCUCCACAUUUCAGUCUGAGUGCCUCAGCUCUGUGAACCACUGACAGGAUUGCCCUGCGAAAGGCUUUGGGGCAGGGUGUGGGAACAACUCUGUUUGCAUAGAACUAAAUCUUUGAGCAGAUUUUUCCUAGUUUUCAUAGUUGUGUGCAUACGUGAGCAACCAGUACACAUGGCCGAAUGUACAAACUCUCAUGUAUGUUUUUUCACUUUUCUUUUUUGCCUUUUGCAGCUACUCCUAAGCAGAUACAUAAGCUUUCCCACCUAGGGCUGGAUAAAGUGAUGUGUACAGGAUGACUAGUCUGUAACCACUAGGACCGUAGCAACAGAGUUCAUCUGCCACCUCAGCUAAGUAAACAAGAAGUGUAACGUUAACUCUGAAUGCCAGGGUGAGGAACUGGCCUAGGAAUGGCCUACUUUCAGGGAGAUGCAUACAUAUAUGUUGAUUUCCAAAUGUUUGAAACAUGACACAUAAUUUGCUGGUGCCUUAAACUUGAGUUACCCAAUAAUUUAGUCAAACAAAAAAAAAGUGCAGUUUCUUUUCAGUACAAUGUCUGUAGCUACAGGGUACAUUACAUCAGAGUAAUUAUGAAUGUGCAAAAGCAUAUUAAAGUAAAAUAAAAUUUUAUUAAUUCAAAAGCUAGAUAAUGCCAUAAAAUGUUUGCGAAUUAUGCUUGCCUCUGUUGUUCCAAGUAUUUUGGAGAUAAACCAAAAAACAUUUUGGAGUUUUUAAAUUGUACCAAAACAAAAUAUACAGUGUGUUUUGUUUGAACUUCAUAGACUGAUCUUACUUUCCUUGUCUAAAAACAAUAAAACUGAUGAUUUACUUUGUUUUGAA